AUGGAGCAGCAGCAGGCGGCGAGCAGUACCCUCAUCAAGGCGGCCACAGGGGAGCCUUCCAGGGGCCCCUCCCUUCCGCCUUCUCUGAAACGGAUGCUACCAGAUUUCCUCAGAGCUGCUGCCUCCCUCACCCGUGCAGGCGCUCGCGCUUUAAGGGGUCUCUGCAGGCGGCGGCUUCUGACAUCUUUGGAGGUCCCCAUUCGAGACCCAGCAUAUCCCUGGGUAAUGCAGUGGCUCGUUGCGAAACGCAAGCUGGGCGAGCAGCAGCAGCAACAGCAGCAGCAGCAGCAGCAGAAUGCUGCGGUGUUAUCUCAGGGGAAAGUGUUCGCUGCACCUCGGGGUGGAGACGACGUACGGGAAAGACGCAGCAGGAAACGUGGAGGCGGGCAGCACUUGCUGCGGUAUAAGGGAGCGCUGCUGCUCAUAGACCGCCAGCGUUCUGGGGAAGUCGUAGACUUUAGCUCGGGCUCCCCUUGGGAAACCCUCACCCUCACCACUCUCUCUCUCUACAGACACUCUCUGCAGGACCUCCUACCAGUGCUCUUUAUGCUGGUGUUUGCUGCUGCUGCAGAAGGGGUUGCUGAGAGCAUACUAGCUGAUUUGAUGCGUUUUCUUUCUUCUUCUCGCUGGUACUUUGAUAGAGGCAUUCCAUAUCGUCGAGGGUAUUUACUUCACGGCCCUCCUGGCUGCGGAAAGAGCAGCUUCGUCUUAGCCUUGGCGGGGAGAUUAAAAUAUAAUAUUUGCGUUCUUAAUGUUGCUGAUCCUCACCUCACAGAUGACAGACUCCAGUACCUCCUCGCGACUGUACCGCCCCGUUCUUUGCUGCUGCUAGAAGACAUCGACGGGGCCAUCCGCCGUUCAGAAGCAGCACAGGAGAAGGAGACAGUACAAGCAGGAGACAGACCCUCUCUAACGCAACUGUCUCUUAAUCCCUUUGGCACACGAAGUGUCACCUUCAGUGGUCUCCUGAAUGCACUAGAUGGUGUUGUAGCCACAGAAGAACGGAUUAUAUUUCUAACGACAAAUCACCCUGAGAGAUUGCCUGAUUCGCUGAUUCGCCCUGGGCGCGUAGAUUUGAAGGUGCGCAUUGGCUUUGCAACUCCAGAGCAGCUGAGGAGACAGUUCGUUCGGUUUCUACCGAAUGCAACAGCAGAACAAGCAGAUGAAUUUGUCUCUCUUUUGUCCCCUCUACAAAUUACAAUGGCGGAGCUGCAAGGCUUCUUUUUAUUCUGCCGCGAUGACUGCAACCAGGCGCUACAAAUGGCAAAGGCAUGGAAAGAAGCAGAUCAGCAGGUCGUGCAAGAAAUGCAACUCAAACAGCAGCAGCGGGAAAUGCAGCAGAAACAGCAGCAGCAGCAGCAAGAGCACCAGCAGCAGCAGCAGCAGCAACAGUCAAAGACACAUACACACACAGGAACAACCCCAAAGUAA